UUUCAAAUUUUCCCCGCAUCUUGAUUGUUUUGAUAAUACGUAGCCAUCCAUAAUACUGCUACACGUUUUGCAAACUGCAUGUGUUGCUGUUCGUGUUGCUGCAUAAAAUGAAGUUCAAAGAAGAUCAGAUAGCUUUAUUAAAGGAAUUUGUAAAUCUUAUGAAAGCGGUGCCUUCUGAGAUUCACAAUCCUGACCUAAAGUUCUUCAAGGAUUGGAUAGAAAGCUUUGGGGUACUUUGCCACCAGCUCCAUCACCAAAGCCAGAAGAACAGUCAAAGAAAGAUGAAAAGAUGGAAGAAGCUAAAGAAGAGGAGUCUAAAGAGAGUAAUGAUAGCACAGAAAAAGAAGAAAUUGAUUCCGAAAGUGAAGACAGUCCAGAAAGCGAUGUUGAAAUUGAUAACGAAGGUGUUGUUGAACCAGAUACGGAUGAAGCACAGCCAAUGGGCGACUUGAACGCAGAGGUGUCUGAGGAAGACAUGGAUGAAUCGAGCGAGAAGCGUUCAGCUGGCAUCAGAGCAAUGAACGAUGGUGAACUGGAUAAGGCUAUCGAACUUCUUACGGAAGCUGUAUUGAAAAAUCCACGUUCUGCUCCGACGUAUGCUAAGAGAGCGAGCUGUUACAUUCGACUGUCCAAGCCAAACGCGGCGAUACGAGAUUGCAACCGUGCCGUUGAGUUAAAUCCUGAUUCUGCUCAUUCUUACAAAUGGAGAGGCAGGGCGUACAUGUUAUUGGGUGAAUGGGAGAAGGCGAAGAAAGAUCUAGCCACGGCGUGUAAAAUUGACUUUGAUGAGCAGGCUAACGAAUGGUUGAAGGCUGCAUCGCCGAACGCGUUGAAAAUUGAGGCGCACAAGCGAAAGCAAGAACGAAAGAAGGAAGAGAAAGAAAUCAAGGAAAGAAGGAAACGAGUGGAGGCUGCAAAAAAGGAGCACGAGAGAGUGCAACGUGAAGAGGAAGAAAGGCGAAAAGCAGCCGGUCCUCGAGGUCCCGGGGGGCCUGGUGGAUUUCCUGGGGGACCUGGUGGAUUUUCCGGCGGAGCUGGUGGUUACCCGGGUGCAUUUCCCGGAGGACCUGGUGGUUACCCGGUGCAUUUCCCGGAGGAUCUGGUGGUUACCCGGGUGCAUUUCCCGGAGGACCUGGUAGUCCAGGUGGUCGAGGUGGUUUUCCUGGUGGUCGAGGUGGUUUUCCAGGUGGUCCGGGUGGAUAUCCAGGUGGUCCGGGUGGAUAUCCAGGUGGUCCGCGUGGAUAUCCAGGUGGUCCGCGUGGAUUUCCAGGUGGUCCGCGUGGAUAUCCAGGUGGUCCGCGUGGAUUUCCAGGUGGUCCGGGUGGAUUUCCAGGUGGUCCGCGUGGAUAUCCAGGUGGUCCAGGCGGCUUUCCAGGUGGACCUGGUGCUGGCAUACCUCCAAACAUGGCGGAUUUAUUUAAUGAUCCAGAAAUCAUGGGAUAUUUACAGGAUCCUGAAGUCCUUGCAGCCAUGCAGGACAUCAUGUCGAACCCUGGUAACAUGAGCAAGUACACUAGCAACCCCAAAGUGACUAAAGUAUUUGAGAAGCUGGGAUCGAAACUCGGAUGAUAAGUAUAACAAAAGCACAUGUGAUUAGGAGGUCACAUUGACGAUAAACUUAUGUCUGAUUAAACAUAUUUGUACACCUUGAACUGAACUCAAAACCGUCGCUUUUAUUUGACGAAACUUUAAAAUGUAGUCGGACUAUGUGACGCUGCUUGCCUUAUUGAUGCUUCUUGCUUGAACUUGUAUUAGUCAAUAGACUAUACUUUUAUGUUUAUAAACUUCAUGAGGUUAAAA